GGGUUGGCCCGCGCGCUAGGACCCGCCGGAGCGCCGGGGACGUCGCGGAGCGGCUGCCGGGCCGCGGGUUGAGCAGGAGGCACCAGCGGCCUGGUCGGGGGUGCCCCGCGCCGGGGCCGGGCCCCGAGCCGGGAACCGAGUCCGGAGCUGGUGGCGGGAAGGAUGACCACGCUCACGCGACAGGAUCUCAACUUUGGGCAAGUGGUGGCCGAUGUGCUCUGCGAGUUCCUGGAGGUGGCCGUGCACCUAAUCCUCUACGUGCGCGAGGUCUACCCGGUGGGCAUCUUCCAGAAGCGUAAGAAGUACAACGUGCCUGUCCAGAUGUCCUGCCACCCGGAGCUGAACCAGUAUAUCCAGGACACACUGCACUGUGUCAAGCCACUCCUGGAGAAGAAUGAUGUGGAGAAAGUCGUGGUGGUAAUUUUGGACAAAGAGCACCGCCCAGUGGAGAAAUUCGUCUUUGAAAUCACCCAGCCUCCACUGCUGUCCAUCAGCUCAGACUCUCUGCUGUCGCAUGUGGAGCAGCUGCUCCGAGCCUUCAUCCUGAAGAUCAGUGUGUGUGAUGCUGUCCUGGACCACAACCCCCCAGGCUGUACCUUCACAGUCUUAGUGCACACAAGGGAAGCUGCCACUCGCAACAUGGAGAAGAUCCAGGUCAUCAAGGACUUCCCCUGGAUCUUGGCAGAUGAGCAGGAUGUCCACAUGCAUGAUCCCCGGCUGAUACCCCUAAAAACCAUGACAUCAGACAUUUUAAAGAUGCAGCUCUACGUGGAAGAGCGGGCUCAUAAAAGCAGCUGAGGGUGUGCCUGCCGCCCAUGGAUGCCACGACUGUCAGAUGUUAGGGGCCCCGGCCCAGGGCAGCGCUGCAGGGCCACCCUGACUGCAAGUGCUCUUACUGCCUGUGUGUGGACCGCCCCGCUCCAGCCCGGGGCUGCUCAGGUCUGGUUGCCUUCACUGAGGGAUUCUCCCCAGGAGGGCAGGGAAGGUGUGGGACCACAAUUCCUCAGCCUCCUGGCGUUUGGCCGGCCAACUCUGUCUGUCCCAAGUACUGUGCUGUGAGUUGUUUCAAUAAAAGGGCCCCAAGGGCUGA